AUGCCGUCCCAAUCAACCAACAAUCCAGGUGAAUGUCAACUCUUGAUCCAAUAUGCAACCAAAUUACAAGCGCAAAAAGCAAAGAUGAUGUUGGACGGACAUUCAAUGUUCCCAGGCUGCAACAAACUGAAAGUUGAGUAUUCCAGCCUAUCUGACAUAGAUCACAACCUCUCAUACUCGCAACAAAACUCAAGAAUGUUGGAGUCCAACUCACAACCAUUAUCGUACGUACAAACAUCUAUCGAUCUGGACACAUUAAUUCAGCAGCAGCAGCAGCAACAACAACAACAAUUGCAGUUACAAUCACUUCAACACCUACAGUUGCAGCAACAACAUUCUCAGCAACAGUCUCAGCAACAGUUCAGCAUUGUUGCCCCUUCAACGGCGUUAAUACAAGCACCUGCCACCCAAGUUGCUGAAAUGGUUUACAGCACAGGCGCAAGAGCAGGUGGUAGCGUCAUACUGGCGGCAACUUCGACUGCACUGCUCAACGUGGGCCACGUUGUUCUCGUCUCCAACCUCGACGAGGAGAAAGUCAAUCCAGAUGCUCUUUUCACAUUGUUCGGAGUGUAUGGUGAUGUGAUAAAAGUGAAGAUAAUGUUCAACAAGAAGGACACAGCGCUCAUCCAGUUCAAUGAUCCCAUGCAAGCUCAGACAGCCAUGUUGAAUCUGGACAAGUUGAAGUUGUGGGGCAAGGUGAUAAAAGUCACUCCGUCCAAGCACACCAUCGUUCAAAUGCCAAAGGAUGGACAGUUUGACAUCAACCUGACGAAGGAUUACACCAACUCCACACUUCAUCGCUUCAAGAAGCCCAACAGCAAGAACUACAACAACAUCUUCCCGCCAGCUGCCACCCUCCACCUCUCGAACAUUCCGUCCACAAGUAAGGAGACACUGGUGGCCUUGUUCAGCAAGCAUGGAACGGUCGUCGGCUUCAAGUUCUUCACAAACGUCGUGUCGGCCAACAAGGACUGCAAGAUGGCGCUCAUGCAGAUGAGUUCCAUCGAGGAAGCUGCUUGGCCCUCAUUGCGCUACAUAAGUCUCAUCGACAUCAUCUCUCUCCUUCGUACUAUUUUUUCAUCAACCUUAAAUAUCUCUGUUGCUAUUUCUUGUGUGUGUGUGUGUGCGUGUGUGAUCACUCGAGAAACAAUUAGAGAUCUGCUGGGUGAAUAUGAAGCCAUGCACAACUACCAGCUGGCCGAGACCACUCAUCUUAGAGUUUCUUUCUCUAAAUCUGGCUACAACAUCAUCAUCAUCAUCAACAACAUUCUUUGA